UUGCCUGUUUUCAGGGGGAGAAAGGACUUAUUCAACAACAUUCUUUACACUGGACGCCUGACAUCACGGCUCUGGGCGUUUAUUAUGUAGUUUAUAAUAGUUUGAAAUUUGUUGCUGCGUUUUCUCUUUAAACCUGUCACUUGUUUCCCAGCAGCGGGUCGUUGUAAUCUGUUCGCGCCAAGGUAAAGUCGGCUCCAGCUGGUUGGGAGGUAGUCCUCGUUAGCUUGCUUAUUUAGCCAGCAGCUAUCAGUAGAUUUUCGGCUUAUAUCCGUGGCUUCUUUGCCAGGUAGACUACGGCUGCUGAAUUGCCGCAAUGGUUUGUUUAGUUUACGACACAGAGAGAGUGGAGACACAAUAAUUGAUAAGCUUUUGCAACUCAUCAAGCCGCGUUUGGCUCCGGUGCGAGCGUGGCUAGUUUGGCCUUUUUUCAUUGUAUCCGUACAUCGACAAACUCAGUGUCAGCUUGUUCGACGAGUGCGUCAAAUUUAGCCGCGUUGCUGUAAACAAACGAGUCAGCUGUCGAUUGGAGAAAACCUCAGGAAGCCAAGUGUCAAUAAUGGCGCAGCACGAUUGCUCUCAUGUCGCCAGUUCACAGAAAGCUCUCAUGCUGGAAAUGAAGAGUCUUCAGGAGGAACCCGUCGAGGGAUUUAAAAUAACACUGGUGGACGAAGCUGAUAUGUACAACUGGGAAGUGGCCAUUUUUGGACCCCCCAAUACUCACUAUGAGGGUGGCUAUUUUAAGGCUCGGAUCAAGUUCCCCAUGGACUACCCUUAUUCCCCACCUUCCUUCAGGUUCCUCACCAAAAUGUGGCAUCCCAACAUUUAUGAGAACGGAGAUGUGUGUAUUUCUAUAUUGCACCCUCCAGUGGACGACCCACAAAGUGGAGAACUGCCAUCAGAGAGAUGGAAUCCCACUCAGAAUGUCCGGACUAUUUUGCUGAGUGUAAUCUCACUGCUGAAUGAGCCAAAUACCUUCUCUCCUGCCAACGUGGACGCCUCCGUCAUGUACCGGAAAUGGAGGGAUAGUAAGGGCAAAGACCGUGAAUAUGUUGAGAUCAUCAGAAAACAAGUAUUGGCCACCAAGGCUGAGGCCGAGCGCGACGGCGUGAAGGUGCCCACCACGCUGGCAGAGUAUUGCGUCCGCACACGUGCCCCACCUCCCGAUGAGGGCUCUGACCUCUUCUAUGACUAUUAUUACGAUGAUGACGAUGUUGAGGAUGGUGAUGGCGACUGCUGCUAUGAUGAAGAUGACUCGGGCAACGAGGAGUCAUGACAUGCCUUUUCUCCAGCUUGACCAAUCUUUGCUGACACAUGCGAUGUCCCUUUUUACUGCCAGGGUCAUCUGAGAAGUCUUGAGGUCUACAAGUGAGAAGAAAUAUUUGACGCCUCCUGUUUGUAAACCAAUGAAAUGAGCUAAUUUUACCUUAGCUUGUGUUCUCUUUGUUAAAGCUGAAUUGAUGGGCUGAUGUGGAUUUGCACCAGCAAGAAAAUGUAAUCUUUUCAUUUUCACAUGGAAUCAAAAAGACAAACUAAAUAUCACUUCUAAUGUAAAAGGUCAUGUGGGAUUGAUGCCACUUUGCACUGAUGCGAACACAUUUGCAACUUCUUUCAUUGCAACGAUUUUCCCUUCCUGAUUGUGGUUUUUGCUUACCAGUGUUUAGUCUCAGUGACUUUCUGGUAAAGUGGACUACAAAUAAUACAUGGAUUUGGACGUUCCCCAAGCGUCAUAGUCUGCAUGCCAGAGCACAUUGGAAUAAUUUUUUGUCUCUUUUACGGGAGAACAGUUUGCAAACAAUCGUCUGACCGUAACAACGCGCGUGAUUAGAGAAUCAAGCAAAGUGGACAGCAGACCAACUAGCUGGCUGGGUCAAACUGUCGUUUAACAAUUUUACUAUCAAGAAAAUGAUCUUUGCUGUGUCUCCCUUGGUUACUGUUGGGUGAGUAUUUGUCAUUUUGAGUGGGGAAUGAAUUACAUUUACAGUCACCAGAUUAAGAUUGUGUAGGAUUACCGAGGUUCUGCGGGAGGGGUUAGUAUUUACUGAUCACAGUUGUUUCUCCUCGGGUGAAACGCCUGACUAAUUUUUUUUAAUGCCCAUGGGAAGUAUGUCGUUUUCUUGUCUUUCGAUUUCUGCUUUUUGCGAGCAAUAUUAGUCGAUUUCUUUGUGGUUAGACUUAAUGCCUGCAGCCUUGCUUGAGAAUGUUUUAUGUAAUGAGAUUAUUAGGUUUGACAUCUUGUGUAGAAAAGAUGUCCAAGCAAUGAUGUUGCAGUGUCAGUCAGGACUAUAAAGGAUAUUCAGCCUUGGAAGUCUGGAUGUGAAAAAGAACAAUGCCACCAUAUUUUAUUUUACUGUUUGUGUUAGUGGUGAGUUGAUGUAUUUUGAUAUAUUUUUUAGUGUUCUGUGUUUCUUCGUAUGUAUUUUUCAUCACCAGUAUUGAUUGUUCCAUCUGCUCAAUUGGAUUUCACACUGAAUUUCUCAGGAUUAUUCAAUUGCAUUCGACAUAGUGGAUCUUUUUCAGAGUUAGAGACACCAUGAUUGAUAUGCACAUGUAGCUGUAUGGAUGAUCACCUUAUUUUAUUCACCUGUUUAUUUUUUAUUAUUUUGGCUAUUUAAAAGUGGAAAAAUAAAGAUUUAUUGGAACGAA